CUGCACACAGACAUCAGUUUUGUGUUAGUGAUUACACCAUUGGUUAACGCGUGUUCGAGUGACAACAAAACAUAUAGCUAGUGACGGUGGCUCCUGCUACCAGACUGCCGUAUAUAAGCGCUGCACGUGAGGCAGUCGCUCUCUUUACAUCGUGUAAUUUAAAUCGUGUGAGCAAGGUGUGCGAUUGUGGCGGUACGUGCAAUAAAGCUGGCCACCGUGGAGCAUCAUAAAGGAUGCAACUACUUCUUACCGUGUUUGUUGCCAUAGGCAUAGCUUCAAGCCAUCAGAAAAUUGGAGCGUUUGGCUAUGACUGCGAGACCCUGAAUCUUAUAGGUGCUUGCAUUGACUUACCUGCACUGGAAAACAUAACAGAGUGUGACAUACACAGCCUAAAGCCCACCAAUGCUUACCAUAUGAAGCCAAUGAAACUGGGAGUAGCUGUCUAUGGAAUUGACCUCAAAAAGCCGGUCUCGGAGGAAACGAUUAUCCAGAUAAAAUAUGACUUGCUCAAACAUAGGCUGCUUAUAUUCAAGAACCAGGGCAUUGUUCCUGCAGAGCGGCAAGUGUCUCUGAUGGAACAGUUUGGCAGAGUAAUAUCUCUCCAUCCCAAACACCCCGACUCGCCACAUCACGGGGUGUUAAGGAUUUCAAACCACUUCAGACAUGGCUAUCAGAAAGUGGGAGUCAGCGCAUGGCACACAGAUGGCUUCUUCGUAGAGCGUCCAUACAGCUACGUUGCUUUUCACAUAAUAUCGAUAUCCAUGAAUGGGGACACAUGGUUUCUGCCAAUAAAUGAGCUUCUAACCCGUGUUGAUAAGGAGACGCUACAACGAUGGGACAGACUCUGGUACCUCAGUAGCAUACUGAAUGUGACCAACCCUAUACUUUUCGCACACCCAAUUUUAAAAAUGCCGACACUGAACAUUCAUCUGAACAUGGUAAAGCAUUUUAUAUGGGAUAUGAACACACCGCAGGAAAGGCAUACGGAACCUAAUGAGACACAACAGAUCAUAAAUGACAUGAGUGCUGUCCUUUACGACGAAAUAUCUGCACUUCAGUAUACCCACAAGUGGGAGAAGGGAGAUUUCAUCGUAUUUGACAACAAUGCUAUCCUGCAUAAAGCAAGUCCAGGAACGCAGGUGAUGCCACAUAAAGAUGGUAUUCGUAUCAUGCAUCGCACCACGGUUGAAGGACACUGCCCAUUGGAGAAGGAAUAUGAACACUACCGAAACAGUUACAACUAAUUUGUGAGAUCACACAAUCACAGUCUGAGUCAUGUCUUUACACAUGAAAAUAUCUAUACUGCGUACAUAUGCAAGUGCACAGGGUGUUAGCCAGGAAAAAAAAUCAGGUCUCACCAUCUGAGCAAAGCGAGGAUGCUGCGGGCACGAAGCGCCUUAGGGGCUAGGGUGUGGGAGGGGUUUUCCUCCUCCUACGGUGUGGAAUUUUUAUUUUUAUUUUUAGACGGGUAGACGGGUCUCUGGCCAACACACUGCAAGUGCAUCAGUUGUGGGAUGCUAUAUUUCAGAAUUUUGGAAAAAAUUUCCAUUAUUAUUAUUAUUAUUAAAAAAAAUUGAUUAUUUUUGGAAGGCAUACUUCUUGAAUCGCCUUUCUAUCACCAGCAGAUGUGCCGGUAAUAGUAAAUAAAGUAAACAUUAUAUAAUGAUCCGAGUGAUCCCACAUAUUGCCAAUUUAUGGUGCCUUUUUCGGUGUUUUAAAGUACUAUUGGUCUACAUACUAAAGUAGUUAGUACUAUUAGUCUAAUUGAUUAAAGAGAAGCCAUGCGAAUAUUAUCAGAAGUAAGAAGAAGACUACAGAAAGCUGUCAUAAACAGAAUAGACAUAAAAGCCAUGGGUAAAUGUAAUAGAACAGCUGUCUGUUCUUAACGUUUCAUCAGUGGUAUGAUUUUUGCACGUAUUUUACAAAUACUACACUGACUGGCUAGUAAUGACACCGUCACGUGAUUUAAACUGAGUUAGAGCAAAGAGGCUGGACUGAUAAAUACACUAAUUUGCAUUCUAAAAAAUGAUUUUGCUAGGGUAUUAUAAAUAAAUUAGGUCUGCUGUAACGUCAAAGACAUUAAAUGAAUAAUUUUGGUGAUCAUUACUCUACAGUAUUGAAAUGUCACCAGAAGUGAUACAUCUGAACAUUAUAUUGCACUAGUGGACUGUGAAGAAUUUGUAGCUUUUGACAGUUGAAGUAUUAAAUUAGGAGUUUUGAAUUAGUUGUGCUCAAAACUCCACUAUCAA